GAGGAGGCCGCGCCAGUGACAGCGAUGGCGGCGGAGUCGGCGCUCCCGGCCGUGGAGAAGCUGCAGGCGCGCCUGGCCGCCAACCCCGACCCCAAGAAGCUAUUGAAAUAUUUGAAGAAACUAUCUGCCUUGCCUAUUACAGUUGACAUUCUUGCGGAGACAGGGGUUGGGAAAACAGUUAAUAGCUUGAGAAAAAAUGAGCAUGUCGGAAGCUUUGCCAGAGACCUGGUGGCCCAGUGGAAGAAGUUGGUUCCCAUGGAACGAAACCCUGAACCUGAGGAGGACUUUGAGAAAAGCAAUUCCCGAAAGCGCCCCAGAGAUGCUCUCCAGAAAGAGGAUGAAGAGAUAGAGAGGGACUACCCAGAAAAUUGGAAACCCUCUGGCAGCCGGUCAUAUAGUCCUGAUCACAGACAGAAAAAACAUCGAAAACUCUUAGAGCAUGAGCAAACUCCCAAGGUGUCUCACAGUCAUGAAAAGAGAGAUGAGAGAAAGAGGAUUCACAGAGCUUCGCCAGUUUACUCUUCUGAUCGCGAAUCUUCUGAUUAUGGCCAUGUUCAGUCCCCUCCAUCAUCUGGCAGCCCUCAGCAGAUGUCUGUGGAUCAUUACAGAUCCCCAGAGCAGGACUCUGAGCCCUUUAUUCCACACCAGAAGACUGGAAAAGGCCACAGUAAUGCCUUCCAGGAUAGGCUGGGAGUCAGUCAGGAUCGACACCUGGCAGAGCCCCAGGGAAAAGGGACCCUGAGUCAGAACAAGGAGCACAAAGCUUCCCAUAAGGACAAACGGCUGAUAGAUGCCAAGGGAAAUGAAAAGUCAUCUUCGAGCAGAGAGAAGUCACUAAAGGCCUCCAAAGAGGAACACCGGAGAUUGCUCUCCGAAGAAAGCGCCAAGGAGAAACCACCCUCUAGUGGUGUUAAAAAGGAGAAGGACAAAGAGGGCGGCACCAAGAAGCUUUUACCCCCUUUGGAGGUCACUCCAGACAACCACAUUAAAAAGCCAAAGCACAAGAACUCAGAGAAAGCCAAAUCAGACAAAAACAAGCAAAGUCUCGACAGCUCAGAAGUGGGGAAGGGGGCUAGAAACCCAUUGCCUAAGGUCAAAGAAAAGGUUUCUAACAACCUAAAGACUCAAGAACGGAAAGUAAAAGCAAAAUCCGGGGGCUCCUUCCCUAAAGUCGAGGAUACAGAUAUGGAUGAUGAAUUUGAGCAGCCCACAAUGUCUUUUGAGUCAUACCUCAGCUAUGACCAGCCCCGUAAGAAAAAGAAAAAGAUUGCAAAAGCUUCGGCCUCAGCUGUUGGAAAGGGGACUAAAAAAAAUGAUGCAAAAAGCACUAGUAAAAACUUGGACUCCGUUCAGAAAUUACUUAAGGUGAAUGAAAACAAGUCUGAGAAGCUUCAGCCAGCUGUAGGCAAUUCAGCCAAACUGAAAAAGGUCCCCACCGAUGUAGUGCCAGUGUUGCCAGAAAUCCCAUUACCUGUGAUACAAACCAAUUACCGUCCACUUCCUUCCCUUGAUUUGAUAUCUUCCCUUCAACCAAAGCGCAAAGUACUUUCUUCACCACAUGAAGAGGAAGAAGCUGGAUUUACUGGGCGUAGAAUGAACUCUAAGAUGCAGGUGUAUUCUGGUUCUAAGUGUGCCUAUCUACCCAAAAUGAUGACCUUGCACCAGCAGUGCAUCCGGGUACUUAAAAACAAUAUUGACUCAAUCUUUGAGGUAGGCCGAGUCCCGUAUUCUGUUCUUGAACCUGUGUUGGAGAGGUGUACACCUAAUCAGCUGAAUCGCAUAGAGGAAUAUAAUCAUGUAUUAAUUGAAGAAACUGAUCCGUUAUGGAAAGUGCACUGUCAUCGAGACUUUAAGGAAGAAAGGCCAGAAGAAUAUGAGUCGUGGCGAGAGAUGCACCUGCGACUUCAGGAUGCCCGGGAGCAACGGCUACAAGUACUGACAAAGAACAUCCGAUCUGCACAUGCCAAUAAGCCAAAAGGCCGACAAGCAAAGAUGGCCUUUGUUAACUCUGUGGCUAAGCCACCUCGUGAUGUUCGAAGGAGACAGGAGAAGUUCGGAACAGGAGGAGCAGCUGUGCCUGACAAAGUCAAGAUUAAGCCUGCCCCAUACCCUACAGGAAGCAGCUAUGCACCCUCCAGCAGUGGCAGCAGCAACAGUUUUAAUGCUAGCCCUGAGGAGACAGCCUUUGAUGGCCCGAGCACCAGCAGUGCCCACUUGGCUCCCAUGGUCAGCAGCACUGUUUCCUAUGAUCCCAGAAAACCGACUGUGAAGAAAAUUGCACCCAUGAUGGCCAAGACGAUUAAAGCUUUCAAGAAUAGAUUCUCCCGGCGAUAAACUGAGGACUGGCCUUGGAGAUGAAAUCUGGGGGCAGGGGAGGAAUACAAAGAUAGUGCAGCUUGACGUAUGGAAUUUCCAAAGGAGACCACAAUCUUUGACUCUGUGGAACUUCUUGGUCUCCAAAGCCUGCAUGGUUUGCGGGUCUUCACCAUGAACACAAGCACCGAAGCCACUGCCUCCUGCUGGGAGAAAUGCUUCAGAAUUCUGGAGAGAUGUGAAGCCUCGGUCUCACUGAGGAUUUUAAGGUCAAUUAUACUUUUGUUGUUAAUUAGUUUCUUUGUAAACUAUAAGAUAUAGUUUUAAUUAAUAAAUAUUGCCCCCCAGAAUUGUAUUUAUAUUAAAAAAAAAAAAAGAAA